UCAUUCACAAUGGGUGUAGUCGAGCUCCUGUUCACACCAUACACGCUGUUAGCGAUUCCGAUUCUCUUCUACGUCUUGCCAUACCUGCGUAACUGGUCCAUCCGCGACGUGCCCUCACCCUUCCCAGCCGCCUUCACCAAUCUAUGGCUCAUGUAUCAAUGCCGUCGUGGCAGACGAUACCUCGCCGUCGACCAAGCACACAAGACACACGGCAAAUUCGUGCGCAUCCAACCUCACCACGUCUCCAUCGCAGACCCGGCAGCCAUCCCCAUCGUCUACGGCCACGGCACUGGCUUCCUGAAAAGCGAGUACUACGAUGCUUUUGUCAGUAUCCAGCGCGGUCUCUUCAACACGCGCGACAGAGCCGAACAUACCAGAAAGAGAAAGACGGUCUCGCAUACCUUUAGCUCCAAGAGCAUUGGCCAGUUUGAACAGUAUAUGCAUCACAACUUGGAGUUGCUGGUCGAGCAGUGGAACAAAAUGUCCAAACUGGCAGACGGCAAGUACGCCAGAAUGGACGCCCUGAACUGGUUUAACUACACAGCCUUCGACAUCAUUGGCGAUUUGGCCUUUGGAGCGCCCUUCGGCAUGCUCGAGAAAGGCGCCGACAUUGCCGAGAUCCGCGAAUCGCCAGACGCACCACCCAAGUUCGCACCCGCCAUCGAGGUGCUCAACCGCAGAGGCGAGGUUUCAGGCACCAUUGGCUGCUGGCCUUGGAUCAAGCCCUAUGCCGCCUACCUGCCCGACCCUUUCUUCACCAAAGGCGUGCAAGCCGUCCAGAAUCUCGCUGGUAUCGCUGUCGCACGUGUAAAGCAGCGUCUCGACAAUGCCGACAACAUUGACCGCGUAGACCUCCUCGCCCGCUUGAUGGAAGGCAAAGACGAACACGGCAAUAGUCUGGGCCGUCAAGAACUAACCGCCGAAGCACUGACGCAACUUAUCGCCGGCAGCGACACGACUUCAAACACCUCUUGCGCGCUGCUGUAUCACUGUCUCGCAACCNCCCAUGUAGUCAAGAAGCUGCAGCAAGAACUCGAUGCCGCUAUUCCUUCUGGAACUGCAGUCCCUGUGUUUGAUCAAGUGCGCGAUCUGCCCUAUCUCGAUGCCGUCAUCAAGGAGACCAUGCGUAUCCACAGCACCUCUUCGCUCGGUCUACCUCGUGUUGUCCCUGCAGGCGGCGCCGACGUCUGUGGCAGACACUUUCCCGCCGAGACUGUGCUCAGUGUGCCCGCCUACACCAUGCACCACAGCAAAGAAAUUUGGGGCCUGGAUGCCGACGAAUUCAAGCCCGAACGAUGGGAAAAGGUCACCGAGACCUAUGGCCCUCGCGCUUGCGUUGGCCGCAAUGUUGCAGAAAUGGAAUUGGCACUGAUUGUGUCGACCGUCUUCCACAACUACGACUUUGAGCUGUAUCAGAAGGAACUCGAGACCAGAGAGGGGUUCUUGAGGAAGCCGCUCGAGUGUUGGGUUGGUAUGAAGAGGAGGGCUACCGCUGCUUGA